AUGAUUCCAGAUCCCUCAUUGUGCUCCUAUGCUGACAGAGAGAAUUUCUUGUUGCUUGACGAUGGCAACAUGAUAAUCCUAGGAAGCCGGGCCCUUUGGACUGCUAUGUUUUCUGAAAUGACAAUCAAGAGUAUCUUUGGCGAUGGCAGGUACAAGCAAAUCCCAGCAGUGGUCAGGCGUGGACCUUCAUCGCAGCUGUAUACUUUGAUUGGAGAAUUCGAAGAUUCCUUUGCUGUACCGCUCCUAUUCGCCUUUAUCCGGACGGCACAGAGUCGACGCACAGAAUGCUGUAUUCAUGGUUCUUGGAACGAAAUUGGACCGCUUGGAGGUCAUCAAGCAUUGACUCAGCCAGGUUGCAGACUCAUAUUAGACUAUGAGAAACCUGCCAUGGAUGCCGUGCUAGCGGAAAUGCUGGAGUGUUUCUUUCACUACACGCAAUGUAUCCUCCGGCACCGUGAUGAACUGAAUUUGCGAUCAGCGGCGAACAAAAAUGCAGCCAUUCGGGUGUUCUUCCGCAGAAUUCAGAUGUUACCGCUCCUUCCGUUGCAAUUUAUUGGAACUUCAAAUGCUCUUACUGCACCGAGUCCACCCGUGGUAACUCCCUUAGAGCACCUUGCCAUGAGAGCAUUCCUCAGAUAUUGGCAGGACACUUGGGGAUUGGGUGGUCGAUUCCACCAUAGUCUAUGGAACCACUCCUCAACCGUUGGUUCCAGAACCACAAAUCACGCUGAGGGCUUCCACACAGAAUUUGCACUGCCUCUCCCAGAGGGACGCUCACACUAG